AUGCUUUUGCGAAGUUCAGGAAAGCUAAAUGUGGGCACCAAGAAAGAGGAUGGUGACAGUACAGCUCCCACUGUUCGUCCAAAGAUCUUGCGUUGUAAAUGCCACCACCAUUGUCCAGAAGACUCGGUCAACAAUAUCUGCAGCACAGAUGGAUACUGCUUCACGAUGAUAGAAGAAGAUGAUUCUGGGAUGCCGGUGAUCACGUCCGGGUGUCUGGGACUAGAAGGUUCAGAUUUUCAGUGCCGGGACACUCCCAUCCCUCACCAGAGAAGAUCAAUUGAAUGCUGCACAGAACGGAAUGAAUGUAAUAAAGAUCUACACCCCACACUGCCUCCACUGAAAAACAGAGAUUUUGUUGACGGAUCUGUACACCACAAAGCCUUACUUAUAUCUGUGACUGUCUGUAGUUUCCUGUUGGUCCUUAUCAUUUUAUUCUGUUACUUCAGGUAUAAAAGACAAGAAGCCAGACCUCGGUACAGCAUUGGGUUGGAGCAGGAUGAAACGUACAUUCCUCCGGGGGAAUCCCUGAAAGACUUAAUUGAGCAGUCUCAGAGCUCAGGAAGCGGGUCAGGCCUCCCUCUGCUGGUCCAAAGGACUAUAGCUAAGCAGAUUCAGAUGGUGAAACAGAUUGGCAAAGGCCGCUACGGGGAAGUUUGGAUGGGAAAGUGGCGUGGCGAAAAGGUAGCUGUGAAAGUGUUCUUCACCACUGAGGAGGCCAGCUGGUUCCGCGAGACAGAGAUUUAUCAGACGGUGCUGAUGAGGCAUGAAAACAUUUUGGGGUUCAUUGCUGCAGAUAUCAAAGGGACAGGGUCCUGGACCCAGUUGUACCUAAUCACGGACUAUCAUGAAAACGGUUCCCUCUAUGAUUACUUGAAGUCCACCACCCUUGAUGUUAAAUCGAUGCUGAAAUUAGCCUAUUCCUCCGUCAGUGGCUUAUGUCAUUUACACACCGAAAUCUUUAGUACCCAAGGCAAACCAGCAAUUGCCCAUCGAGAUCUGAAAAGUAAGAACAUCCUGGUGAAGAAAAAUGGAACUUGCUGUAUAGCCGACCUGGGCCUGGCUGUUAAGUUUAUUAGCGACACAAAUGAAGUUGACAUACCACCCAACACACGUGUUGGCACCAAACGCUAUAUGCCUCCAGAAGUGUUGGAUGAGAGCUUGAAUAGAAAUCACUUUCAGUCUUACAUCAUGGCCGAUAUGUACAGUUUUGGGCUCAUUCUUUGGGAGGUGACUAGGAGAUGCGUAUCAGGAGGUGCAGUGGAAGAAUACCAGCUUCCCUACCACGACCUGGUGCCCAGUGACCCCUCUUACGAGGACAUGAGAGAGAUUGUGUGCAUCAAGAAGCUCCGUCCCUCAUUCCCCAGCCGGUGGAGUGGCGAUGAGUGUCUGAGGCAGAUGGGGAAACUCAUGACUGAGUGCUGGGCUCACAACCCCGCAUCCAGACUGACAGCCCUGCGUGUGAAGAAAACACUCGCCAAAAUGUCAGAGUCCCAGGACAUUAAACUCUGA